AUGCUCUCCGCCUUUACAGCUCGACCCAUUGUUGAGCUCAGGCAGCGGGACAAGUCCAAAAUUGAGUCGAUACUUGCAUAUGGAAGUCUGCGAGUAUACCGUGUCAACGAGCUCCCCGAGGAGGAGAGGCAAAAUGGAGCCCCGAAAACAGAUGACAAGUCUCCCUCUCGACCAAGCUCCCCAAACGCCCCCAAGCCUGUCGACCUGCUUCGCGAAGUCGAGAAGUUCUCUACGAGAACUAUCGAGCAGCUUGCGAUUAUUAAGGAAGCCAAUAUCUUGAUAUCUUUGUCCAACUACUAUGUUUCAAUACACGACCUACAGUCCUACACAUUGCAAGAGCAGCUGAGCAAGACAAAAGGAGCUUCAACUUUUGCUGUCACGUCGAAUAUUGUGAAGGAUCCUGCGACGGGAAUUCCAGAAAUCAUAUCGAGAUUAGCAGUAGCAGUCAAGAGGAGGCUCCUACUAUGGUCGUGGCAUGAAUCGGAGCUCUCGCAGGAUAUGGUGGAAAUCUCCCUGGCGGAACCUAUACGGACGCUUACCUGGGCAUCUGCGACCCAAAUUAUAUGUGGCAUGAACUCUGGAUAUGUGAUAGUUGAUGUUCUGAGCCAAGAAGUGCAGGAAAUUGUUGGACCAGGAGCCAUCGGAGGGGCAUUGGGUGCCCCAACAGGUCGAUUUGGUGGCGCGGGUUCUGCUACUAUGGGAUACAUGGGUCUUGGAGGAUAUAUGCCAAAACCUUUGGCUACAAAACUGGCCGAUGGUGAAAUGCUUCUUACCAAGGACAUCAACUCACUAUUCAUUACCUCUGACGGCAAGCCAGAAAAUAAGAGGCAGAUUCCGUGGCAGCUAGCGCCAGAUGCGAUAGGAUACUCGUAUCCAUAUAUUCUGGCAUUGCAGUCACCUUCGAAAGGUGCAUUGGAGGUUAGGAACCCAGAGACAUUGUCCCUCUUACAGACCAUUCUGUUACCAAACGCUAGCCAGCUGCACUUCCCUCCACCAACAGUCAGCUUGGCGCAUGCCGGGAAGGGCUUCCAUGUCGCCAGUGACCGGUGCAUCUGGCGAAUGGGCGCUACAAACUACGAUUCGCAAGUUGAUGAGUUGGUUGAGAAGGAACGUUAUGAUGAAGCUAUCAGCUUACUCAACAUGCUAGAAGAUGCAUUAUUGCGGAACAAGGAGGAAAGACUUCGAGAAAUCAAAAUACAGAAAGCACAGGUACUGUUUGAUCAGCGCAAGUACCGAGACGCCAUUGAUAUAUUCCUUGCAGAUGAUGUGCAAGCUCCACCAGAGAGAGUUAUUAGAUUAUACCCUCGAAUCAUUGCCGGAGAUCUUACUACCAUUGAAGACAAACCAAAUGACCCAGAUAGCGACAGUGGGGAAGGAGAAGAAACCACCAAUGGAGACAAUGCUAAGACUGGAGAUGUGAAGCAAGACAUCGUUGGGUCUCCGAAGCCGGCUGGCGUCAGCAAAUUACUCAAGGGCCACAACAAGGAUACUUCAGAUGCGUCAUCUAUCCGCUCAUUCAUAAAGCUCGAUGCUGAGGACGCGAAGUUAGAAGGGAAAGACCUCAAUGCAGCUGUUCUAGAACUCAUCUCGUUUCUUGUUGAUGCUCGGAAUAGAAUGAAGAGAUAUUUGGAUGCUGAUACAGGCAAAUUGGUCCCAUUGAAACAGAACGGACAGAACGGAUCAUCUGAAGCCGCCUUCGAGUCACUGCUUGUUAAGCCUGCAUCGGGAGCCGAACAGGAUCGAGAGCAAAAGCUACGAGAGACAGCAAAGCUGAUCGAUACCACUCUCUUCCGAUCAUAUAUGCUUGCCCGGGCCUCCUUAGCAGGACCAUUCUUCCGAAUUCCAAACUUUUGCGACCCUGAUGUGGUCAACGAGAAGUUAUUAGAAAAGGGGAGGUACAACGAUCUAGUUGAUUUCUUCCACGGCAAGAAGCUCCAUCGUCAGGCACUGGAAUUACUCAAAAAGUUUGGAACCGCUGAAGAGGAAGACGAAAACGCACCGACACUACAUGGUCCCCAAAGAACGGUUGGAUAUUUGCAAAACUUGCCACCGGAGAUGAUUGACCUUGUUCUUGAGUUUGCAGAAUGGCCAUUGCGAGCCGAUCCGGACCUUGGCAUGGAGGUGUUCCUAGCAGAUACCGAGAAUGCCGAGACUCUACCAAGAGAUAGGGUUGUGGAAUUCCUCGAAGGCAUAGAUGUUGAUCUUGCCGUGAAGUAUCUCGAACACGUGAUAAACGAACUCAAUGAUACGACGCCAGACUUUCAUAAUCAGUUGGUUAGCGCAUAUUUGAAAGAUCUCAAGGCUCGCCAGGAUACAGAUUCGGAGAGCUGGAAAGAUUUGAUGCAGAGGCUGCUUGAUUUUCUUCGAACGAGCAAGGAAUAUUCUCUUUCGAGAGCUUUUGGAAGUGUACCCAGGGAUGACCCCAAAUUUUACGAAGCUCAAGCUGUGGUAUUGAGUAAUAUGGGACAACAUAAACAGGCAUUGGAAAUAUACGUUUUCAAGAUCCAGGAUUUUGAGAAGGCAGAAGAAUACUGCAACCAUGUCCACGUCCAGUCCUCAACAGACCCCCUUGUCGCCCAAUCCCGCAGGCCAUCAACUUCAGGAAUAGACGACGACAUACCCUCAAUAUAUCACACCCUACUAGCCCUUUAUCUCACACCACCGAAACCACAUACUCCCAAUUGGCCACCAGCUCUCGACCUCCUCUCAAAACACGGUUCUCGUCUCCCAGCUUCCUCAACCCUAAACCUCAUUCCCACCACGCUCCCUGUAGCAGAACUCGAAUCCUAUUUCCGCGGCCGCAUCCGAGCCGCAAACUCCAUUGUCAACGAAGCGCGAAUCGUAGCUGGCAUGCGCAAGAGCGAAGUGGUGAGCUCACAAGCUGCACUUCUUCUCGGAGACGGCGUGCCAGGCGGGAAAGGGGGUCGGAACCGGCGUGUCUUGGUGCAGGAAGAACGGGUCUGCGGUGUGUGCCAUAAACGGCUAGGAGGUAGUGUUGUUGCUGUGUUGCCUGAUAACGAGGUUGUGCAUUAUGGGUGUUUGAAUAGAGUGACUGGGCGCUCAGCGGGUAGCGGGAUGGAGGCGCUGCGGUCGGCGCCGAGGCGUUGA